AUGUCGAGUAACGCUCCCUCGGAGACUCCCAAGUCCGGUAGCUGGACCGAUAAAGAGCGGGUUCAACUCCUCAUCCAGAUCAUCCUACAGCAUCCUCCAGCAAGAAUCGACAUGGCGAAAAUAAAGCUUCCUGGUCGUACGCCCAAGGCCAUGCAACACGUAUUUGGUCGUAUCAAGAGCGAGGCCCAGGCUUGUCUCGAUAACAACAGCUCUACUGUCAGUCGGGAAUCCCGGCCAGCCAGUAAGAAGCGCACCCACAUGGAUGAUGAAGAGACUGCGGCAGUCAACAAGAGGCGCGCAUAG